AUGGAGCAAGAGGGUUCUACAGAGGAGGACACAAGUGUCGUUGGCGAGGAAGAAGAAGAGACAAUAAUGGAGAAAGACGCCGGGGAAAUGGCAUCGGAAUCAUCUACAACAGAGGCAACGGGCAGUGAAGACGACGAAAAGAGUCAAGAACUGUCGGAAGAAAUUAUUUCGACUCCCACUACCAAAGAGGAUUGUUUUCGUCCACCGCUGGCAUCGAGACGAACCGUGGCCGAGUUGGAAGCUGGUGGUGAUGACAAAAAGUCAAAAGCAGCAGCGAUCAAAUCGAGUGGGAACAGUCAACCAGGGGCGUACUCUGUUGACGGUUAUACGGAACGCACAGCCGAGCAUGACGCAACAGAAGUUUCGAAUGAAGAAGAAGAAGAAAAGACGUUGGCCAAUACAAAUAUUGACUGCGCAGAAGAGGAGACAAAGGAAGAAGAAUCCGAGCCACUUCCGUCGCAGAGUCCACCGUCUACUGUAGUGGAAAAUAGUAGUCACGGCAACAAUAACAGCAGAGACAACAAUCUCGAUGACAAGCACGCCCACAGACGAGACGACGAACCCGCAGAGGAAGUCCCCAUGAUUGUGGCCGAGCUUGUGAUGCCACCGGUAGAAGCCGUACAAGUUAUUUACGACGAACACGAAGAAGCACACAUUGACCCCGAGGAACCACCACAACAACAACAUUCGCAACGAACAUCCAUUGAGGACGAUUCAGCGGACCUUGACGGCGACGACAAUUACCUACCCUGCGUGAUGGAUAAAUUCCUCUCCAAACGCCUCUCCAAACGAUUUCGAUCACGAUGUGGUCUUUGGAUGUGUCUCUUGUCCGUGUGCUGCUGUACUGUCAUUCCCAUUGCUGUCAACCUGACAAUGGGCAGAAAUAACAACAACAACCAAGAAGAAGAGAUUUCUGUUGUGGAUUUUCCUCCCUCCAAUGCACCCACAACAGUCUCUUCUUCUUAUCCGUACGAAUGCUUCACCGGUACCAGGGAUAUUAUCGCCGCUCAAAUCGAAUCACCCGAACAACUCUUGUUCAUCCUGUGUCCCCACACCCGCAUCAAAUUGGGAGUCCUGGCCAAUCCAAUUGCCGGCGACACGAAUAUUGUCCAUGGCGACACACCCCUCAUGAUUUUGCGUGAAAACGUAGAAGUGCGAUGCGGAAUAGACGGAUCGGUCGACAAUCAUUGCAUCCUCGAUGGCGGGUUCGUCCAAGUACUGUUGCAACCACACUUGCCUUUGGACAAGGAGCACGUGUGGAAGUCUCGACCGACCGACAAUGUGACCAUUCGCGGAUUGACGUUUACCGGACAACUGUUGAGCGAUUACACGUUUGGAGGGUCUUCCAUUGUCAUUAGCAAUCCCGGUCAUACGGUUCAGAUGGUGGACUGUCUCUGGGAAAACAUGACGGCGCCCAGUGGGCUCUUGUACGUGGGUGUCAAUCCGUUCCAAUUGUUGGCGUUAUCCGAAGAAAACAACAAUAAUACACUGCCAAGGCAUGCCGCCAGUCUCCAUGUCGUCCAAUCGCGGUUUCGGAAUAUCACGUACGAUGGCGCACUGGCAGAAGUCUCCGAACAGAUAUUGUCCUUAGAGGCAUGUCGAUUCGAAGACUUGCAGUUAUCGGCAUUUGCUUCGGAAUGUGAUUACUGGGUUGACAGCGGUGGGGCCACGAAUUGGUGCCAGGGCUUGUUCUUCUGUUUGUAUGACAGCGUUUGUUCGAUCCAAGACAUUUGCAUGUCGAAUUUUGAGUUUGCCGGUCCGGCUCAUUUGCUAGUGGCCACGAACGAUUCGGACGUGGUACUUGCCGGUCAAGUAUACAAGGACAAUGUUCGUGUCCCCGAACGGUUGCACUCGGAUGAAACAUGUUCUAAUGGCUUGGCGCGGAUUGACGAAUACAGUGGAACCUAUGAAUGCAUGGGAGAAGAAAUGGAAGCGGAUUUUAUCAAGUCGGAAGUGUGCUCCUUUCCAGAAUUAUAA